ACACCUGGAGGUGGAAGGAGGCUAUUUUUGUUGUUAUUUUGUUUGUACUUAAUUUCAUGAGAUUAUUUUAAUGUAUCUUUUCUAUCGGUUGGCAAUGUUUUCGGUCUGUUAGCAAUAACAAACACGCGCUGCUAUGCCACGCAAUGUGUUGCAGAGCAGCCUACUGGGUGCUGGCUUCAGUAUUAUCUUUCAGAUACUGUGCCGCAUCCUAACGUUCAGCAUCAAUGCCUACAUUGUGCGCAAUGUGGGCCGCGAGGUUCUGGGCAUUAUGAAUGUGCGCCUGCUGCUGCUCGAGAGCACGUUGCUCUUUCUGUCGCGCGAGGCCAUUAACCGGGCAGCGCUGAGCGCCAAGCCGCAGCAGAGCGAUAAGUGCUCCUGGGCACAGUUGAUAAACCAAAUAUGGCUUACCGUGCCCAUUUGCGCGGCACUCUGCGUGCCUUGUGUCUACAUUUGGCUGCACUGGCUCUCGGCAGUGGAUGAACCAUAUACUGUGCAAUAUAAGUUUGCCUGCUAUGCGGUGGCGAUCUCUUGUGUGCUGGAGCUUGUGGCCGAAUCGACGGUAUUUGUGGCCCAGGUCUUUUGCUUUGUCAAGCUCAAGAUUGUACUUAAUACACUGCACAUAUUUGUGCGCUCGGCUAUUUUUCUAUGGAUCGUCAUGGGCGAUCGCAACGCAGCGAUAAACGCAUUUGCCAUUGCCCAGCUAUCCAGCGCGCUGACUAUUGUGCUGGGCAUGUAUGGCUUCUUCCUGUACUACAUCAACAGUUUUAAUAGCUUUAAGCUGGCCGCACGCAAGCCCAAAACGUUGAGCAACUGGGAGCGCCAGCUGUUCGAGCAUAUGGAUGACUUUCCGUUCACCAAACUGUCGCAGCUCCUACCCGGCGUCUUGAGCACCCAAAGCAGCAGUGGCUCCCACUUCAACAGGGAACUGCAAACGCUGACGCUAAGCUUUGUCAAGCAGGGCGUGCUCAAGCAAAUACUCACCGAGGGUGAGAAGUAUGUCAUGUCUGUCUCGCCCGUGCUCAGUUUUGGCGAGCAGGCCACCUACGAUGUAGUCAACAAUCUGGGCAGCAUGGCAGCCCGGUUCAUAUUCCGUCCCAUCGAAGACAGCGCCUACUUCUACUUCACCCAAACCAUAUCGCGCGAGACGCGUCUGUCCAAGCAGCCACCGGACCGCGUGCGUCAGGCCAGCAGUGUACUCAGGAAUCUGCUGCUGGGCGUCAGCUCAAUUGGCCUGCUGGCCUUAACCUUUGGUCAGAGCUACUCGCAUACUCUGCUCUUGUUCUAUGGCGGCGAAGAGUUUGUCGCCGGCGGACUGCCCCAGCGUCUGCUACAAUGGCACUGCCUGGCCAUUUAUCUGCUGGCAGUGAACGGUAUUAGUGAGGGCUACAUGUUUGCCACGAACACCAGUCGGGACAUUGACAAGUAUAACUAUUUGAUGGCAAUAUUUUCCAUAAGCUUCCUCGUGCUCUCGUACAUACUGACGGGCAUAUUUGGCCCCGUUGGCUUUAUCUUUGCCAACUGCAUCAACAUGCUGGGCCGCAUCCUCUACAGCAGUCGCUACAUACGCCAGCAGUAUCAGCAAUUGGGACUGAAUCCUCUGCAAGGCCUUUGGCCUGGCAAGUUAUUCAGUGGCACACUCUUCAUGGCUGGUUUUCUUUGCUACUGGUACAAGGAUGCCGUGUUGUUGUCCCACUUGGGCAUGGGCCUAGCCACAGGCGUGCUGUGCUUGCUUGCCUGGGCGCUGGCAAACCGAGAUCUUGUGCAGAUGGCUUGGAAGUAUGGAAGGCGCAUAAAGAUUGAAUGAAGCCAAAGCUUAUUUGUAUAAUGUUUUCUCUUGUUCCUCUUCUGUUGCUGAACGUUGUUGCUCGAGUAGCAACGCUUCCUAUAAACGCACAGCCCACGCAUUGUUGAACCCAGAUCUGUACAAUCAUACAUAUUAUGUAUCUACUAUGUAUGUAUGUAUGUACAUAGUAUGUGUUAUAAAUUAGUUACUAGUUAAGUUAUGUUUGUUAUAUAUACUAUAAUGGCAUCAUUUUGAAAUAAUUUUUGCUUAAACUGUUGAAAACGCAUCAAAAG